AAUCUGUGUUUAAAUAAUCAAUUUCAAUCUUGAAUCACACACCCAAGCGUAAAUGUCAUUUUCAAGAAAUAAGACAAUGCCUUGUAAAUAAAAUCGUUUCUUUUGCUUGUGUGCUGUACGUAGUUUUUACUUGUAGGUUAAGUGACUUGCAAAUGAAAUGUUUUUUACACAAUUAAUAUCUGGAUGAUACAACAAAUUUAAAUAACCUGCACUACCUUUCGCCUAUCACAUAAUCAAGAUGGAAUCUGCCGGAGAUUGGUGUCUCAUUGAGAGUGAUCCAGGUGUUUUCACACAAUUGAUAAAAAAAUUUGGUGCAAAAGGAGUACAAGUUGAAGAGUUAUGGACUAUUGACGAUGGCAUAUUUGAAAAUUUGCGGCCAGUACAUGGACUUAUAUUCUUGUUUAAGUACUUACAACAUGAAGAGCCGUCUGGUCCUGUGGUUACAGACAGUCGUUUAGACAAAAUAUAUUUUGCAAAACAGGUAAUCAAUAAUGCAUGCGCCACACAGGCCGUUAUCAGUUUGUUGUUAAACUGUGUACACCCAGAUGUGGACAUUGGUCCAGAACUUACUAAGUUAAAGGAAUUCAGUAUGUCAUUUGAUCCGAAAAUGCGGGGUCUGACUCUGAGCAAUUCAUCAACUAUUCGGAGCGCGCAUAAUUCAAUGUCGCAACAGCCGCUUUUUGAGAUUGAUCCUAAAAUGCCAACGAAGGAUGAUGAUGCAUACCACUUUGUAGGCUAUAUGCCAAUAGAUGGUCGUUUGUAUGAGUUAGAUGGUCUUCGAGAGGGUCCCAUCGACCAUGGCCCUAUUGGAUCUGAACAGGACUGGCUCGAUGUUGUUAUGCCUAUUAUUAUGAAGAGGAUCAAUGUAUACACUGAAGGAGAAAUACAUUUCAAUCUAAUGGCUUUAGUAUCAGACAGAAAAAUGAUAUAUGAGCGCCAGCUUGAAGAAUUGUUGUCUGAAACACAAAUGCUCGGUGGUAUGGAAACUGACGAACUGGAAAAUGAAAUACCCAGUCUCCGAAUGUUAAUAGAAUAUGAGGAUGUAAAGAUAGCGCGGUAUCAGCAAGAGAUGGCCCGCAGGCGACACAACUAUUUGCCGUUUAUUAUAGUUCUUCUUAAGAUAUUAGCAGAAGAGAAGAAGUUAAUGCCAUUAUAUGAAAAGGCUAAAGAACGUGCAGCGAAAAAGGGCCCUAAAAAAAUGAAAGUAUAACAAGAAAAGUGGGGAGGUGUCGGGGUAGAACGCGCGCGAGGUACUCGACGCGUCUCCCAGUCCAGCCCCUCACGCGUGUUGCUUGCUUCUGAAGAAAUGCAAUAUUCUCUUGCUGAUUUAGAUGCCGUAUACCGUGAACCACAUGACAUACUACUAAAUUUACACAACCUAGAAGAUAUCGAAUUACCCGAAGAACAGUUAAACGCUGAUGAUACAUUGUUACAACCAGACACAGCAAGAACAACAACUGAGGAAAUGAAGGAAAAUGUAGCAGAAACUCGAGAAGUAUUAGUUGAUGACACAAUCGAAUCUGAAGUAGUGCUAGGACAAGAUGAUCUAAAUACUCAAGAUACAGAAACAGAUCAAAAAAUUUCAAAGCUACAAGAUCCAAACAAUGAUAAUGGUAAUUAACUAUGUACUGUUAUUCUGAUUUUAAUGAUGUAUUAUCCUACUCAUUUGAAUUGCAUUUAGCUAAUAUUUAGUAAUUAACUGGUGUUAAAAUAGUAUUUCGAAAGGUAAUCUAAAAUAGUCACAAUAAGUAUAUACAAGAAUGGUUCUAUGCUUCAUAAAAUCAACAGAUUUUAUGAAGCAUAGAACCAUUCUUGUUUAUUGUCUGUAUUAUAUAAAUGUACUAAAAAUGAAUUCCUUAGGUACAUCAUCUUCGUAUUUUAAGAUAGGUACCAGUAUACUGGGAUACAACUAUACACACAUUUGGACCUUAACAUAUAUGAAAUAAAAAUUAAAUAUAUAUAAAAAAUUUAAAUAUUUCUUUAACAGUAGACGAUUCUUUGGCAUGAAAUCACAAUAUAGUCUAAAUUUUAUGUUAUAUAAUAGAAUUUGUUUUAACGUAUCCAUUGACUCUAUUGUUUUAUCGUGGUAAAUGUAAUAGUGUGCUCAAUGUAUGUUGUAUUAUUAUACGGCUUAAUUAACUGUAAUUUUACAAUGUGGUUUAAGAAACAACCUGGAUAUUUAAAACUAUAAUAAAACAAAUUCGUGAAAAAUAA